AUGGAACAUGAUCCAGUUACAGACACUCAAAUAUUAUCAGAUAAGUCCAAGAGUGAACAAUAUAGCAUGUAUGAUGACGACGAUGAUAUAGGUAUUGACCUACCCCUUAAACCUAAUAUCUUUCAGAAACGAAAUUUCCUGGAUAUAGACAGUCAAGAUGCACGUUUAUUUCCUGCAGUUCAAAAAGUAAGAUUUCAAAUAGAUCCCGAAAAUGGUUCAGAUCCACUGAUAUUAAAGAGUUCCAAUACUGAUACAGAUUUUGAUGAUAUGCAGAGUGGAUCAGGUGUAUCCGAUAGUGAUACCAUUACCCGUAAUAAGAACAGAGAAUCGGUGGAGGAACUAUUGCAACAUGCUAGUGAAGUUAAUGAUUACGUUGCAGAAAAUAUAGACAAAUUAAAAGCAUAUCCGACAAACCAUAGCGCAAGUAGUAGGAAUCUACAGAGAAUUUUGAGUGGAACUAAUCCAAAGACGGAAUCUUUAUCAACAUUUGAUUUAAGCGAUGUCGACACUGACGAUGUGUAUGAUCUCGAUCAUAUCAGCAAUGGAUCCACUAGUCAUUUAGGGGAUAAUAAGGAAAGAACACCCUUAGAGCAAGUGACUACAGCCUCAGAGAUUGAAGAGAUUCUUUCAAAUGAUGGAAAUUCUCAAGAUAAUAAUAAUGAUGUUGUUUAUGAUGAUGAUGAUCGGUCAUUAAGUGAACAGUCAACGGUAGAUGAUUCACCGCCAAUGGAGAGGCAGACAUUUUAUUUCGAUGAGCAAACAUGUAUAAAUAAUGCCAAGGACUUUAUCCAAAGAAUUGAAGAAUCUGAGUGUAAGAACGUCGCAGACACGGAUGAUGAUUUAGUAUUUGUAGAGAUUAGUGUUGAAGAGGCCAUGGGCAAUUUUGAAAGAGUAAUUCAAUUAAUGAAAGAACUUUCUCACAAAGGGGAUACCCAAAAUUGCGAAAUAUCAGAAACCAACAAGAAACAUUUUGACAAUUUUGUAAUGAAAAAUACACCUUCUUUAUCAUACCACGAUUUUAUUGAUCGUGUUCAGUCUAAAUGUAUGUUUGGAUCCAUUGUCUUUCAAUCAGCCACAUACUUAUUACAAGUUCUAUUCAUGAGGAAAGAUGCCCCUGAUCAAAAAUAUAAAUUAAAACACAUGUUACAAGAUAAUGAAAUCCAUAGAAUCAUAAUAGCAUGCAUUCGUGUUGCUACGAAACUGAUUGAAGAUCAAGUACAUUCUCAUCAGUAUUUCUGCAAAGUAUGUGGUGUUACCAAGAAAUUACUUACUAAAUUGGAAGUCUCGUUGGUGCUCUGUCUAAAAGAUGAUGAUCUAAUCAUCACGCGCAAAAUGCUAGCAAAAUCCGUUAGAGUCAUCGACUACAUGGUAAUGGAUCUACAAACAUAG